GUCCAGUCUGACUAGGCGUUUGAGUUCAGCUGGCUAUAAGAGACUCCCCAAUCUCGCCCCUUGAUUGAUUUUCCCGCCUCGCCUUGGGACAACGCAGAAUAGUCUAGACCGCUAGAUUUCUUUAUUCUAGUGGUCAAACCCCACCCCGCUUAAAAGUGAAGGUGUGGCUAGGCAGGUUGCCUUACGUCAAUCGAUUGGAAGAACAGGAAAGGGCACAAUGGACGGAAACCAAGCAGUCCAAUAUCUGGACUCAUUGAUCGGUCGGACUUUACGAGUGCACGCGACAGAUACGCGCAUUUUCGUGGGUACCUUCAAGUGUACGGAUGCGGCACGAAAUAUCAUCCUUGCCAGCACCUACGAAUACCGCUUCCCUUCCCCAUCUACUGUUCGAGACGCCGCCACGGGUACGCAUGAUUCAGCCGCCGGUAGCGCAGUCGACGCCCAGAGCGUCAAGAUGGAUAUGACGAGUCGAUUUAUCGGUCUUGUGAAUGAAACUGGCGGAUUGGGUGCGGGUGGUCAUAGGGUGACCAAUGAUGGUCAUCGGGGAGGUACUGAAAUCGACUGGACAAAUGCACCUAUUAGCGCCGAGUCAAAAAGGCGGACUCUGCAUAUUCACCUGCGCAGUAAUCCCAUUCAGUGUCACACAUGCCAUGGUUGGAAACCUUUACCCGCAUCAGCUAGACUGCAACGCAGGCCAAGGCACAUCACCCAAAACAUGCCCACCACAACUAGAAGGGGCUUGGCAGCAGAAGCCAUGAUCAUGACCAGGCUGAGCUGGGGUUGGGGAUGGAAAUGGCGGCCGACGAAUUCCCUCAUGGAAUUGUCGGGAGUGCUCGGAGCAUCUGAGAGGCUGACAGUUCGGUGA